AUAAAAAAAUUGUGGUUGUAAAAGUUUAGUGCAAGUUUCCUUUUUAACGGUGGUAACCGAUCUCUGCUCCGGCGAGGGAAGCCAUGGCAGCUGUAAUCUCAAGUUCCCCAUUUUCUCCCAGUUUUCAAUAUACGACUGUAAAUUCUUCUUCUUCUUUCAAAAUCCCCAAACUUAUCAAAAUUCAAUAUUCCAAUCCAUUUUCAUCAAUAAGUUCAACAUAUGGUUAUUCCUUUUUAUUGGUUGACAUACAACAUGGUAAAGCUCAUCGACGUCUCUCUCGAAUUUAUUGUAAAACUGUAACAGACCCAGAAGAUCAAGUGCAAAGUACAGGUGUUAAAGUUGCAUUAUCAAUGCUCAAUUUUUACAAGAGAGAAAUUUCGCCGUUGUUGCCGAAGAGUUGCCGUUAUGUGCCAUCAUGUAGUGAAUAUUCUAUGAUUGCUUACAAGAAAUAUGGGGUUGUUAAGGGAACUGUCUUGACUGCUUACCGUCUUUGUCGCUGCAACCCUCUUGGUGGAUCGGGCUUUGAUCCUCCGAGGUGGUUUGGUGAGGAAAGGCCAUCAGAGGAAUGAGCUUUUCGGUUUCCUUAUAUCAUCAAAUAGGUACUGUCUACAUUUUCUUGCGUCAGGUUUUGGAUAUAUGUUGUUAGUGUUUCUUAAUUCAGAUGAAAAUUUUUAAAUUUUGAACCUCUCUUCCUUUUGGGUAUUGGAUUAUGUAAGGGACAAGAGAUGUGAGGGCGUUGAUAUACAUAUUAUCUUUAACAUAUAUGUAAGAGACGAACCGCUUUCCCUCAAAAGUAUAUGAGUUCGAUCCUCGCCACCGAUGUGAGGGUGUUAUUGGUGGAGUGAUUUGUAUUUGCUUCUGUAAUAGAACAUGUCCCGGAAGCUGGAAGAAAGGCAUUCAACUUGGCAUGAACUUAGGUCCCAAAAUGGUAUAUAUAGAACAAGGAGGGUAAGAGACACACAUUGAGUCAUUUGUAGAAAAUUUCGGAUGAGUUCCUGACUCAUUUCUCGGAGAGCCACAAGCCUCUCAAAAGCUUGUACUACUAUCAUGUUUUAUUGUAAAUUGUAAUAAUCAUCUAAUUUACAAUUAAUAUACGAUUUAUGUUUACAUUCGAUACA